AUGCUCCCUGGUGGGGUGUCUUCCCGCGUCCUCGUAGACAUUCCGAGGCCCCAUCGUAAGUAUGGGUUCAACAUGAACAUGGGGAAAGCCGCCGAAGAAGUUGGACCCGCAGAAGCUGGGCAAGUUGACUUUCCCAGCCGAGCUGAUAGAGUCCGUUUGCAGGCGAGAUUAAACUUCCGGAGGAGGGCGCCUGUGAUGUCAAGUUCAACGACAACACCGGUGACGGAGAGUUCUGAGGGAUCUGCUCUCAGGGCUUUCGUGGACGAGACCAUCGCUAAGGAUCGCCGGCAGGCAGCUCAGGCAGCAGCAUCGAUGUCCCCUCGAUCAGCUCUACUUUCGCACACCUCGAGGCAUGGACCAGAGCAAGCGGAAGAAUCCAGUGCAUCACUCAAACCCAACUAUGGCGCCCUCGAGAAACGCCGGCCUCCUCACCGAAAGAGGAGCGCCCAACGGAGGUCACAGUCAGCAGCUACCAAUGAGCUGCCACUUACUACCUUAUCCAAGUUGGAGCUCGAGUUGCUGCGAAAGGACCCGAGGGCAGAGGCUUUGCGGUUACACGAUCUACUCAACUCCGCCCUUCAACAGGCCCAGCACGAGGCCAAACGGGCUGCCGACCUCGAGCGAGCUAAUUUGGAGAACGCUCAGAAAUUCCGUGUGUUGAACGAGAACCGGAUAUCUGCUCAGCAGGAGGCAGCGCGAGCCACCCAAGAGAUCACCUUGUACAAGUUCCAGUUGGAAAAUGCAAAACAGGAAGUCAGCCGAGCUGAGGAGGCGCUUAAACGGACAGAGAAGGAACGAGAAGAGGCGGAGGAGGCGGCUGCUCGUGCGCGGGCAAAGGCGAGAAAAUUGCGGCAGGAGCAACUGGUCGCCGCAGCCCGAGAGGAGGGUCGGCGCUUGGGCUUUGACUUGGGCUUUGAACAUGCAAAGAAAGAGCGAGAGAUACUCGCUAGACGUCAGGCCCAAAUUUCCGCAACACCUUCGCUCGCAACCGGAACAAACAGCAAGGGAAAGGGAAAGCAAAGGGCAGACGGAUAUAGAUCCAGCCAUCGACGGCACGUCUCAGCUCCUCCAGCUGUCGCAGAUGACAUCCAGUCAAGCCCUGAAAGUGAAAUGUCUCCAUCGAUGCUGCCUCUCAGAAGUCUUCCUGAGGUGACCACGCCCAUAAAUCUUCCUCCGCCGGCGCCACAACCAGGCCCUUCUCGCACACCGUUACGCCAAUUCCAGCCUCCGCCAGAAUCUGUACCACCAACCCCGGCCCCGGCCCCACCAUCAGUUGUACCCAGCGAACCUUAUGCCCGAACAAAAACACCAUCUGUCCAACACUGGCAGAUUGACAUACCGACCCCGGACCAGAUCGCACGCCAGUAUAACUCCAACGAGCACCGAAAUGAAGCGAUCGCGACACGACCACGCUCAGAAUGGGUGACAGCUUCGAAACAUCGUGAAAUUCGGGGUCCACUCCCUCCAGGUCAUCGGGCAGGAAAUAUUCCACCGCCUCUCCUUCCGCCUCAACCGCAGCCACCUCGACAACCGGUUAUUCCUAACAAUCCCCCCACGUCUGCAGGCAGAGCUGCGAGAUUUGCACUCCUCCCGAGGCCUUCUUUAGCAAAGACAAAGCAGCAAGCUACGUCAUGGUAUCGUUCCUUGAGUAUGAGGAGAAAGAAGAAACCAGUCAUCGACCCUAUCGCCGAGGAACCCAGUGCAGCAGGACCAUCAGCGUUAGAGCCUCCAGCAACGGCAUCAACAGUCAACCCUCCGACGACCGCCUCGACCGUGCCCGGGGGUGCUUCUCAGAGCGUUGGCAGCUUAGGCUUAGGCUUGGCGAAAGGAAAGGUCAAGGAGAAGGAUAGUUUCUUGAGUGCCAUCAAGGAGGAUCCGUCGAGCAGGGGUAACACGCCUAGCACCGACAGAUAUGGGAGGCCGACUUCAUCUGUUGCUCCUGUACCGCAAUCAGUAUUUAGGCAGAAUCAACAAGGACUACAGAACCAGAGUUCGUAUGGCACGUUUGAGGGUUCGGUGCAGAACAAGCGACGCUCUCGUCGUCCGCCAUCUAUCGUAGUACCUGAUCCCGAUGCACCGCUUCAACCUGCGGGCGUGGCCUAUGCACAACAUGCGAUGGCUUCUAACGGUCAUCCACCUCAGGGUUAUCAGUCGAGCUUGCACAGACGUCCAUCACGAAUUUCAGAGAAGACCACUCCUGAUACCUCAAUUGCAAUUGAUGUUGUUCCUCCUUCUGGCAUUGCACCCCCACCAGUCAACUCGCCUCCCCACACUGGCCGAAACCACCUCAGCCCGUAUCACGUCUUCAAACCUGCGUCGAUGUCAAACCUUGCCCCGAUGCAAUCUGUUACUUCUUUGCGAAGCCAGGGUGGCACUCGGCAGCAGCCACCAGCAUCGAAUCGAGCGCCAUCCGUUGCUGUCUCCCAUCAGCGAUCCAACCAAACCCUCAACACCUACGGCGGCCCAAGCCAACAGCAAGGGUACUCAUCCACACCAAAGAUGAAACCGAAGGCGUCUUCGACAUUCUCAGCCGCUGGACCCUACGAGUCUCCAUCAGUCAACGAGAUCCUCCAUGCACGAGCUUUGGGUUCUCCUCUCCCUCCACCUCAGAUGCCUUCAGUCUCGGCAGAAGGACGACCUGAGAGCGUUCGUUCAGGCCGCUCCAGAAGGCCGCUACGGUCGCACAACCCGAGCCAGACAAGCCUGGUCGUCGUCAAUCCGGAUCCGCCAACACGGCAGAGCCCUACCUCAGGCAUGAGUAGACGUCCUGGUCCCAACCCGGUUGCACCGGCAGCCCAAGAAACAGCAGGUGGCGGGCUUGUCCUCCAGCCACCCAUCCAACGUCAAGCGUCAAACACAUCGUUGCGCUCAACGAGCUCAUACUCGAAGUUUGUCCCUAAGGAUUACGUGGACCCAGCAUUCUGGGGUGUUAGUGGGCCAGGCGAAGGACCUGCUCUCACUGUCCCAGCCAAUGGCGACAUCAGUACCUUGAACGCAAGGAGGCUCUCGCGACAGGCAUCUGCGAAUUCUGGACUGAGUUAUGUUUGA